AAGCCAUAUUCAGCAUCCUUCCACCGAACUUUUCUUCCCCGUGACACCCCUUAACCAGCUCUCACACUACAUUACCACCUGGCCAGUAGGAGGACUCGACUCUCCGACUCCGACUCCGACCACAUUUCAUAGACAAAGAAGCAUGGUGGUUGCAGAGUCUGAAACCAUGAAACCCCACGUUGCAGUCCUCCCAAGCCCCGGGAUGGGCCACGUCAUACCCCUCCUUGAGCUGGCCAAGUGCCUGGUCAUCCACCACGACAUCCAUGUCAGCUUUCUCAACAUCACCACCGAAGCCUCCGCCGCCCAAAAGCAGCUCCUCCACUCACCCACACUUCCUCAAGGCCUCCACGUCAUUGACCUUCCACCUGCUGACAUUUCCACCCUCGUCAACGAAGAAACUCUGGUCCUUACCCGGCUAUGUAUCAACGUGGAGGAGAGCCUCAAGCCUUUAAAGUCGGUCCUCAUGGAGCUAGGCAAGCUACAAGCUCUCGUCAUCGAUUUAUUCUGUACCCAAGCUUUCGAAAUCUGCAACGACCUUUCCAUUCCUACGUACACCUUCUUCACUCCCUCAACUGCUUUCCUUGCUUUCUCCUUGUACCUUCCUACACUGGACCGUGAGGUGGAGUGCGAGUUCGUUGACCUUCCUGCACCGGUUCAGGUCCCGGGUUGCACGCCGGUGCGAACUGAGGACUUGCUGGACCAAGUUCGAAACCGGAAGAUUGACGAGUGCAAGUGGUUCUUGCUCCACGUCAGCCGGCUGCCCAUGGCCGCAGGGAUUUUCUUGAACUCGUGGGAGGAUCUUGAACCAGUCUCGCAUAAAGCAGUAACAGCGCACCCGUUCUACCAGAAUAUACCCACACCACCGGUUCACCAAAUCGGGCCGCUCAUCAAACAGGACGAAGCGCCGGAAACUGAAUCGGACGCAGAGUGUCUAGCGUGGCUAGACAAACAACCGUCUAAAUCGGUUCUCUUCGUGGCGCUGGGUAGUGGAGGGACUCUGACCGGUGCACAGCUCACCGAGCUGGCUUGGGGUCUGGAAAUGAGUCGGCAAAAGUUCAUAUUGGUGGCACGUAAGCCAACCGAUGCUAGCGCCUCGGCUACGUUCUUCAACGUGGGUGGAGAUGUUUCUGAUCCCAAGGCAUAUUUGCCGGAGGGUUUCUUGGAGAGGACGAAAGGGGUGGGGCUGGUGGUGCCGUCUUGGGCGCCGCAGAUACUGGUGCUCCGCCACCCAUCAACCGGUGGGUUUUUAUCUCACUGUGGGUGGAACUCCACACUGGAGAGCAUCACUCACGGUAUACCAAUGGUCGCAUGGCCGCUUUACGCUGAGCAGAGAAUGAACGCGACGAUGCUGGUCGAAGAGGUUGGAGUGGCGGUUAAGCCGGCGGUGGAAGGAGGAAAAGGAGUCGUCGUAAGGGAGGAGAUUGAGAGGGUGGUGAGGAUGGUGAUGGAGGGUGAAGAAGGAAAUGUGAUGAGGCGUAGGGCUGGAGAGCUAAAAGUCAGUGCUGUGAAAGCGUUGAACUUUGGUGGAUCUUCUUAUGAGUCGCUUUCUCGUGUCACCAAAGAAUGGAAGGCUGAGCAUAUAUAUAUAUAAAUUCUGGAUUGAGCCAAACCGGCCAGCCGAACUACCCGUUGCAGCCUCCGUGUACGGCAAGUUUGGGUUGAAUGGUUUGGGCUAUCGGAGUGUGGCCGAAUCACCGACAAAGCCACCAAGCUUCUUUCUUUACGUGUUUUUUUUUUUUUUUUGAAAAAUAAAAUUUGGUGUCAGAAUUUGGCCGCUUCAUAUUGGACGCUCCAGAUCAAAUAAAUUGCCGCAGCCCUCACUCCACAAUCUCAAAAAACUCUCUCUCUCUCUCUCUCUCUCUCUCUCUCUCUCUCUCUGUGAAAGGUUCCAGAGACAGGGAGAGAACUUUGAGCUUGUUCACCAGGGGAGGCUUCACGUCUCUCCCUCCUGGUGCUGGUCUUUCCUUUAGCCCGUGAGGACUAGGGUGAUUUUUUGUCAUCCCUCUGGUUUGCAGUUGUGGAUGUUUUGUUCUCCCAACUUAGGUUUGUGGAGCUGUGGUCCCUCACGGACUUAGAUCCGGUGAGGUUGGUAUUUUCUUUUGUUGUUUUGUUUUUGGUUUUGUUGUUCUUGGUGCAAACAGAAAGAUUCCCAAGCUCUGGCCUGUGGGAAUGGCGGAUGUCGGUGGGUAUCCGAUGGAGUUGUGCUUUAUUGGUAGAUCUAUAAGCAUCGGCUGGGUGUUUGUCUACAGGAGCUUUUCUUUCAUGGUUGCUGGCAUCCUCUGGUUUCGGUAGUCACUCGACGGAGCUGUGCGGUUCUUUCUUGCGCGGCGCGUGGCCAGCACGCGCCGGGGAGUGUCCUCCUUGGGUUAGAGUGUGAGGAUCAAAGUUUGCAUAUCCGGCUUCGUUUAGUGUCGAUUUGGUCUUCUGGAGGUUGUUCGAUGGCUGGAAGGGUUCCCGGAGUAGGUACACGCUCAACACGCCCUGAGCUUUGGCAGUGGUUCUCAUGGUGUUGGUUUUUUUCUGUUUGAAUUUGUACAUUCUUGUAUCUUUGUUCACAGUCUACCUUGUGGUAGCUGGUUUAAGCCAGGAUUUUUCCUUACUUAGUGGAUGGAGUUUCUUCAACUUUAUUCACUACAUUGGCCUACGGGCACUGAUGUAGCCUUCGGGCAGUGUUCUCGGCUUCUUUGCUCCUGUAUUUGUUCUGUGGCUUUUGCCUUGUUGUAAUCCCCUUUGGGGUUUCUUUUCAUCAAUGAAGGUUCUGGAGCUUUGUUCAAAAAAA